AUCGUUCCAGGAAACAGUUAUAUUGCAGUUCCCAGCAAGAUUCAGAUUUCCGUCUAACUUUGUCUCUGGUGGACAGAUCUAUAGCCAAUAUUACAACUAUUAAAUGUCAAGCUUCCAGUUUUCCAUUUAAAUUAUAUAAUUUAAAUCUCUUUUCUUCAUUUCCCUCCCCCUCCUUCUCUGUUUUAAGAACGUGACUUGUCAAGAAUUCGUGAUGAAGAGCCCUUUUUUGUCCCUCCUGCUUGUCUCCAUCCUGAUUAUAAACAGCUGCUCAGAAGUGCAGGGAAGGAAAUGGAAAGGUGAAGGUACAACAAAAAACCUGGAAAGUAUUGUCACUGGAAGAUGCUAUGAGUAUAUUAGACUUGUGAAUCCUGCUGUUGGUGAGAAGAACUGUUCAGAGAUAUGGGAGGCAUUUAAAAAUGCUUUUAUCAACAAGGAUCCUUGCAGCAUUCUCCCUAAGGACUAUGAGUUAUACAUCAACCUGUCAUUGCACACAAUUCCACCUAACAAGUCUCUCUUCUGGGAAAAUAAUCAGCUGCUAGUCAGUAGCUUUGCUGGUAGAGGCCGUCGCUUCAUGUCUGUGGCUGAGACUUUGUUUGGCUUCUUUGGAGACCUUCUAAACUGGUGUGGGCAGGCAAACAGCACUGAACUGGACUAUGAAUCCUGCCCUACUACAGAGGAAUGUGAAAACAAUGCACUGGAGUCUUUCUGGAGGAUAGCAUCAGCCACAUAUGCACAGCACAGUUCUGGGGUGAUACAUGUCUUGUUGAAUGGCUCUGCAGUUGGAGGAGCUUAUCCAGUGCCAGGUUUUUUUGCAGAUUAUGAAGUACCUAAUCUCCAGAAAGACAAAAUCUCAAAAAUUGUCAUCUGGGUUGUGGAUGAUAUUGAAGGACCAGAUAGGGAAUCCUGUGGAACUCAUACUGUAAAGAUAUUAGAAGACAGACUGAAAACCCUUGGUUUUGAUGUCACCUGCACUGACAAUUACAAGUCUGUAAUGCUCUUACUCUGCCUGGAUUACCCUGAUGAUUCUAAGUGUACCCUUUCAUCAUCUGCACCAGCAGCACAAAGAGGACCUGUAUCUUCAGACAGAGGAGGCAGCUGGAACAAGCUCAUGUUUGUUUCUUUUGCAAGCUUUUUGUUCAGAUUUGCUUUAGUGUACUAAGUUAAAAAACUGAAUCCAUAUUCUCUGUUUGCCUUUGCUGGCUAAAAUAUGGCUUCAACUAAUUUCUAACUGCAGUGUCAUCCUAGUCCUGGGACUGGUAUUAAACCUGCAUAUUAAAACUCUGAAUACUUCUAUCAAGGUACCAGCUACUACUAGUAUCAAAAAUUAUUCUGCUGCUUCUAGCAAACAUCAUCCUUCAUUUCCUUUUCUUAAACAGAAGAAAUGCAUUGAUAUUUAUUUUUAUCCUUAUCCAGAAGUAAGCAUGUUUCAGAAAGGAAAGUGCAAACAUGCCUGUCAUACAUCUCCCACACAGCCUACUUGCUCGUAAAACCAACCCUAGCAUUUGGCCCUGGAAAAUAACUGUCUGAUUAUCAUGUUUUGGGAAGGGGAAAUAGGAAUUCAGAUGGGAGAGAGCUUAGAUUGCUCACUUGGUACAAGAAACAGCAGGUGAGACAGUGGAAGAAUGAAACAAAUUUUCAUAAGUGGUUCAGUAUGCUCCAAGCUUACCUGAAACCUAUCAGACAGUGAGAUUCUGGCUUGCACAGUAUUUUACCCCAAAAUACUGAUUGCUUUAUCAUCUGCACAGUUGCUCUUCAGGUGGCUGCUUCCUGGCCACUGGAUAGCUGACAAUCAGGAAUAUUAGGUCCAGAAAUUUCCACAGGCUUUUCACCAUGAUGUGGUGGUUGAUCACCAUGGGGUGUUUUAUGGCAUAUCAAAUUCAGAUGAGAAGCUGCCAAGUCAGACAUCUGCCUUCUUCCAGUGAACUCACUUAGCAUGCUGCAGAAAUAUUCUGAGGAGGCAGCAGAUGCCAUCUUGAAGGUCUCUUGCAUUCCAUCUCUGAAUUAUCUAAAUGUUCCAGCUUGAUGCUCCACUAACUCUCCAAGACAUCCAGCUACCAAGAUGACACGUAAAUCUUUGGGGAAAAAAACAGUAGUACUUCUAGGAAAUAGCAUUACAUAAAGUUUUGUUGCACAUUCUCUGUUAGUUUCUGUAAUACUUAUUUGUGUUUGUAUUAGCUGGUUGUCAGGAAACUGGAAACUGGAAACUGGAACAGGAUUGCUCCCAUUACCUCAGUGCAUCUGAUUUAGGGCUCCAUGGUAGAUCUACAUCCUUCCAGUCUCUUGUACAACUGCAUCAUCUUGUAUGUUUGAAAGAUAAAAUGUAAUGUUGUUAAUUGUGUGGCUUCCAUUCCUGUAAUAAUCUUUGAUUUAAUUUUAAUGCAAACCCCUUUAUAUUACACACAUAGUUGUAUUUGCUUGGGUCACAGCUGGGUCUAAGCUCCAGCUUGAAGGAUUUUUGUGUCUGUUUCAGGCACUUGCAAAAGUAUUGAAAUUAAAAGUUACAAACCUUUGAAAAUCUGGGCUGGAUUAACACCUCAAAAUCGUUCCU